UCGGCCGCACAAUAACACAGCGACGUCACAGUGAGCGGGGGCCAGUGAUUGGACAGUUUUUACAGAAGGCGGGACGUUGACGAGCUCUCCGCCAAUCACGAUAGGGGGACCAGAAAUGCAUUGUGGGUGUACUAUGCUACUGUUUCCUGCUCUGCUGUCGAGGACGUGAUGGUGCUGUCACUUCUCUGCCUGUGUCUGGUUUUCUUGAAGUGAGCUCGUGAUAAAGACCGAGUUAGCAGCACAGGAUGGAUUCCUCUGAAGCAGAGGCUUUAACGCACAGUGAAAGAAAAGAAGACACCGCGCCGAGCACAUCAAGUACAUCAGGUCAAGGAGAAGAUGGACCGAAGCCAAAGAAGGUGUCUCUGAAGAGGCCUGCUGGUAAACCUGCAAAUGCAAAAGCCAAGAAGCAUAAAAAAGUCUCCAGGCCUACCCAGCCCGCCUACACUGUCCAUCAAGGGGAAGAUAUGCUUCUCGUCAUAUCGAGCACGACUUCUCAGUACAGCGGUUCAGCCUGGACUCCCCCAAAGAAGGGAAGCAAAAAGAAGAAGCUGACUAAAGGAAAAGUCAAAGCUAAGAUUAAGAAGAAAAGGACAGUUCCUGCCAAACCUAAACUGGCCAAUAAUCCGGUUGCCAAGGAAAAAGAGGACACUAUUGUGUUUGUGCCACAGAAAGCAACAGACCACAGAUGGGGCCAGAGUCUCCCUGAGGAGGUGCUAAUCAAAAUCUUUCAAAUGGUGGUCGUCCAAGAUGGUGCUGUACCAUUUCUGUGCAGGGUGGGCAGAGUUUGUCAUCUGUGGAACGCUGCAGCCUCGAGUCCGGUGCUGUGGCGUAAAGUGUCUGUAGGUCACUGCUGGAUUGCACCUGGGAAAAACCAGCAACCUCAAACGGAGAAGAAGAUAAAGACCACUUUCGACUGGCUGGCACAGAACAGAUUCUCCCAGCUACGAGACUUCUCUCUCCAUCACUGGACAAAAAAUGUUAGCUAUGCAGUAGAGGUUGUGUCGCAGUUGUGCCCUCACCUUCGCUCCCUCACGCUCUCCUACUGUACAGGGCUGACAGUGAAGGCCUUCCACAGCCUCGGUCUGCACAGUCGGUCUCUUCAGAGCAUAAACCUCCAAUUUUCAGAGUUUCAGGUUGAAGGACUCCUGGAAUACCUUGAAAAUCAUGGGACCCAGAUCAAGCAAAUUUUGUUCACUCAUGGAAUGAAGAAUGACAGACUUCUAACUGCAAUCACUAGGGGAUUCUGUCCCGAUUUGGAGUUUUUGGAGGUCAACACAAAGCUCGACAGUAAAGAUUGUGAACUUCCAGUUUGCAUCCAGGCGCUACAGAUGGCAUGUCCUAAACUCAAGACCUUCCGGAUGCUGAAUGUCAGACCUCUGCAUAAGAAAAUGCGUACUGGUGCCGAUUCAACAUUAGGCUUCCCGUUACUGGAGGAGCUAUGUAUCGCAACCACUACUUAUUCCUACAUGACCGACAAAGAUUUGUGGGACAUUCUCUUUGGUUCCACCAGGCUGCGGGUGCUGGACCUGCGAGGCUGUUCACGAAUCACACCCUCUGGACUCUCAAAACUACCCUGUCUCGAGCUUGAGUGUCUGUUCUGGGGACAGUAUUUCAGCAGCAGUGUUGGGUUGUCAUCACCUAAGGCGGGGAUUCACAUGGUGACCCAGAAAUGGAGACAAACACUGCAGCAGCUUGACAUUUCAAACCAGCUCUUCACUGCGGAGGACUUGGAGAUAGCUAUGAGUAACCUCGCUCAGGCAACAGAGGCAGAUACUCUGCGUUCACUCAACCUCAGUGGGACCAGGAUCACACCACCUGCCCUCAGGUCCGUCAUCGGCCAAACGACUGCUCUUAGCUACCUCAAUCUUUCAUCCUGCCGUUAUCUUCCAAGAGGAGUAAAGAGAAUUUACCGUGGCCAAAAAGACAUUCACCAACUGCUGGACAAAUUGGACUAGUUCUCAUAUUCAUUUGGUUCCAGAAAUCAUAAAAACUUAUAAGAAUGUCUUAAAACAUGACUCUUUUGUGGAUUAUGUUGUUUAAGUAUUGUAGAUCUUUUACACUCACACAAUUUUGUAAAUAAAAUAAAAUUGAAUUGAUGUUGUUGUUUUAGAGGUGUACUGUUCACACAAAACAGACAGUUUAUGCAAAAUCACCCCUUACUGUGAUUAGAGAGCAGAAACCAAGCGUUUUGAAUCAGGUAAGGGUCAAUAAGAGCACUGUCUACAUGUAGCUUGAGAAGUGACAUUGACAUAUUAGAUUUAAAUACAUGUAUAUGUAUCGCCACAUUGAGUAGUGUAUUCCAGGAGUUUUGGACUGUAAUUUUGACUUGUUUUUAAUACCAGGUUACAAUAAUUCCAGAUAAACGUUUGUCAAAAAAUAUUUGAAAUUAGAAAUAAAUGUUCAUCAUGUCACCUUAAA